CCAAAAUCAAUUUUCCAAUACAAACAUUAUUAUUAAUUUAUUAGCUAAAGAUUUCUUUAAUUAAUUAGUGUUGUGUAUGACAAGUAUGAAUAUGAGCGGAAUAUAUUUGUGGACACUUGUGAACGAAACGUUGUUUGUGCAAAUAAUUAAAUUCCUUUAAUGGUCAUCAUGAUCCGCCUAGUUCUAAUAAACCGAUGAGAAAGUGUUCUUAAAAUGAGUCAACACAAGUUCUGGAAAGGAAUAAAAACGCUGAAUGUAUCCCCUUCGCAACAAGUACCUGACAAGAUCGUUAAACUCUGUUCAUUGGGCGCUGAUUUCAUUGUUCUAGGUAACGACCAUGGCCUCUAUUACUGCGAAAUAAAAGAUGAUAACUUAAAUUUUAAGAAAGUCUCAGGUAUUUCCGCUAUCGACAUAUCCCACCACAAUGAUAUCACUUAUAUUAUAGAUGUACAUGGCCGUAUAUACAAGACAAAUACUAAUUUUAAGAACAAGGAAGAAAUUGUAGUGAAAGAAGAAUCAAAAUGUUGUCCCCAUGGUUUCAAAAGUGCCAGCAAUAAAGUUAAAUUUAGAAAUGUAGUUACAAGUGAUUUUGGGCAGCUCUUCAUAAGUAUCGAUGGACACCUCUGGGGUUCAGGUGCUAUGCCUCAAAUAGCAUUAGAUACUGGUAGUGUUAAAAAAGUACCAUUUUUUGAGGGUAGAACAGUGUACAGUGCUUCCGUGGGUCAGAAUUUUGCUGCUGUGAUAGCACGGAAAAAUGUUAAACAGUCUAGUAAUUGUGAUACAGACAGUGAAAAUGAUGAUGAAGAGGUGUUUGCUUCAAACUGUUCACAAUGUCAAACUAUUAUAGGACUAGCUUCACCCGCUUCAGUUCCAUCAUUAUCUGAAACCUGCCCAUUGGGGGUCCAUAUAAGUAAGUCCAGUGAAGAUUCAAGCAGUACAACAGCGCCUCAAACUGAUGUCCAUGUUGAUGCACAGAGCUUUACAGAAGAUUCCAGCCCCUCAUCUGAAGAAUCUAAAGUUGCAAAAUGUGAUACCAUGCAAAAUGUAAAUAGUAAUUUAGAAAUAGAUGAUUUACAAGAAAAUGAUUAUGUUGAUGAAACUACAGACAAUAUUGAAACACCUAAUGCUAAUGCAGAGAAAAUCAAUAAUAUAUUUAUAAAUACUGAUGCUGCCCGACAAUUCUUAAGUAGGCAGCUAUCAUGGGUAUCUGUGGGUGAAGAUUAUUUAGUAGAAUAUACAGAAAAACCUACAAGAAUUAUAAAAGAAAAUGUUUCUAAUUUAACAAAUUUUGUAUAUGAAGGUGUCAAAACUGUUGGGGAUAAAGUAGCUACACUAUCAAGGCAUGUUAGUGGAAGUAGUGAUAAUAAUGAUAUAGUAGAACUUCCAAACCGCAAUUUUAUUGAAGAAAUUAGUUCUCUUAUGUAUAGUUGCAAUUCUAAUAAGUUUGAAGAUCUACAAUUCUCAACAAGCACAAUUAGUAGUGAAAAAGAUUUUGAAGUAGUAAGAAAAAAUGAUAACCUAAAGAACAUGUCUAAACUCGGAAAAAAUAUAUUAGCUACUGAGCUGUGGACAUGGGGAGAUAUAUCACAUGGACAGUUGGGAAUCGGUGAUACAGUGAAGAGAGUAAAACCUAUGAUAGUCAUGAGUCUAUCUGGAUUUGGGUUACAAAAAGUAUCUUGUGGUAAAUGGCAUUGUGCUGCUUUAACUUUAGAUGGUAGACUCUUUAUGUGGGGCUAUAAUCACUUCAAUCAAGUGAGUUUUGAAUCCAGAGAGGAUAAAAGUAGUCCAAAGCAAUUUACAGAAAAUUCUGACAGUGACAGAGUUAGAGAUAUGAUAGCAACAGACAACCACACACUUGCAUACACUCAUAAUGAAAAUAUUUAUUAUAUGGGUAAACACACUGAUGGAUUCACAGAAGCUGUGAUUAAUUUGAAUGAAAAGAAUGAUGAAAAUACGAAUUCAAAAAAUAAUAGUUUACCCAUAAACUGCAAUGAGUCUCAAAGUCACAGUAAGUCUGAAAACCUUUGCUAUCAUUGGAGAGUACUGUCUUCUGGUACUAUUAGUUAUUGUUCUGUAGAAGAAUCUACAAUUUGUCCAGAAUUCCAAAAUUUGUCCAUUGCUCAACGGUAUCUUGAAGAAUUGCUUUUAAUAUAUCAUUCACUAGUUAAGCCUUUUCUGAAAAAAAGUAAAGCUAUAACUUCACAUUCCAAUGUAUAUGAAAUUGUUUGUGAUAUAUUUGGUGACAUAUUAAAUAUAACUGCUUUAAAUGUUUUAUCAACUUGGCAAUAUGCUGAAAAGCAUGUAAAUGAAUGUGAUAUUUCUAUGAUUAAAAAUUUAGAAGAGUUUAUUUUUUUGUAUCAAAAGUAUUAUGUAGCUAUAAGUAAUUUGAUUGUUAUUGGAGGAUUUGCUCAUAUCAACAAUAUUGUUGAUGUUCCAUCAAGUAUCUAUAAUUUAUUUAGUGAUCAACUACCAACAAAUAAGCAGAAAUAUAAUAAAAAAACUUUAGAAACUUUGGUAGGUUUGGCUUUUGUACAGCCUUUAACUAGAUUAAGUUCAUACAAGUGCAUUGCACAAUCCCUACUACGACGCAAAAUUAAAAGGAAAAAAGGUGAUGCUAAAUAUAACAUUGAUGAUCAAAUCAACAGAGUUGUGUCAUCGUUAGAUGCAUUAAUUGACGAGCAAGAGAAAAAAAGAAAAGAAGCAGAUGUUACAAAAGUUUUCUGGGAGACAAUAGGGAAAAGUUUAGAUCAGUAUAGGACACCUGAAAGACGUUUAAUUAGAGACUCUAAAUCUCGGCCACUAAAUUUGGUAAAUCCUGGGAGAUUCAGUAGCCACUGGUUCAUUCUUUUUAAUGAUUUGUUUGUCCAUAUUAGUGGGAGUACACCAUCUGUCCAUUCUUUGGAAAUAUUAUGGGUUGAAGCCAUUUCUAACACUGACUCCCUACAAAACGUAAUACAGCUCACAACUCCAGAAGAAGUUAUUUCUGUAACCACAACUUCAGAAGAGGAGAAGACUGAAUGGAUCCAUAUCCUUAACACAUCUGUUAAAACAGCAUUAAACAAAGAUUCGGCAUAUAAACCUCCAGCUAUAAGAACAGCUUCUUAUACUUUUUCGUCCAAACAUUCAUUCUAUAAAGAUGCCAAAUACACAGGAAGAUGGCUAGAUGGUAAGGUGCAUGGCAAUGGAAAAGUUGAAUGGCCAGAUGGAAAGUUAUAUGUCGGACAGUUUCAGUUGAACACACUAUGUGGACAUGGAAAAAUGGAAAUUCCUGGAGUAGGAUUAUAUGAAGGACAAUGGAAAGAUAAUCUUCAAAAUGGUUUUGGCAUUAUGAAAUAUACUUCAGGAGACAUUUAUGAAGGAUAUUUUAAAGAUGGCCAACCCCAUGGUCACGGAAUUAAGAAGCAGGGCGAUUUCACUACAUCUACGGCAACUAUAUACACAGGGGAAUGGAUCAAUGGGGCAAGACAAGGUUAUGGUGUAAUGGACGACAUUGGUAAAGGAGAGAAGUAUCUUGGUAACUGGGGUGACAACAAAAAGCAUGGAUGCGGACUUAUAGUUACAUUAGACGGAAUCUACUAUGAAGGCCUGUUUACUCAAGAUGUUUUGACUGGACAUGGUGUGAUGGUCUUUGAAGAUGGUACACAUUACGAAGGAGAGUUUAGAUCUGCAGGAGUGUUUUCAGGAAAGGGUGUUCUGACAUUUUCAAGUGGCGAUAAAGUGGAGGGUUCCUUGAGUGGACACUGGACCGACGGUAUAAAAAUAUCUAAUGGAGUUAUGCAUUUAAAUGUGUCUGAUCCAGCACUCUGUGCUAAUUCAAAACCUAAUUCUUUUGGCAAAUUAAGCGUGGUACCAAAUCAGAAAUGGAACGCAUUAUUUCGUCAAUGCUUUCAAAGCAUGGGAGUCUCCGAUACCGCCUUAACACCGACUGGUAAUCACUUUAUCAACGGCCCGUCAGAUGAUAACACGAAGAUUUGGCAAAACGUUGCAGUGGCUAUAUCUUGCUCUCAUAAAGAUAAGCACGCCAAACCUGCAAAGAAGUCAAAUGGUUCAGAUAUAGAGAAAUCGGUGGAUUGCUUAGAAGUCAUACCACAGUUUGGGCAAAAAACUCUGACUUUGAACGACUACACUGAACUGAAACAGUAUUUGUUCAAUGCUUGUGAAUCGACACAUCACCCCCUUGGACAAUUGGUUCUAAGUCUGACCAAUGCUUUCAACACUACAUACGGAGGCGUCAGGGUGCAUCCCUUACUACUGAGCCAUGCUGUCAAAGAACUGAAGAGCAUCACAACAAGAUUGUACCAGGUGGUUCAACUCCUGUUCCCAGCCUUGCCGCCCGAAGGCAAUGACGUGGUGUUGCCAUAUAAAUCGGAAAAUGAAUCUGAGGACAAUGACGAUAGCAAUCCUAUUGAUGGCGAAGUAGUAUCAGCCGCCUCACUGCUACAGCCGACGCUGCUGCCGCGAGUGCACCCCGCCCUGUUCGUGUUGUACGCUCUACACAACAAGAGGGAGGACGACCUGUACUGGAGGAGGCUCUUGAAGUGGAACCGACAGCCCGAUACCACGCUUAUGGCUUUCCUGGGGAUAGAUCAAAAAUUCUGGACCACAUCGAGCGCCAACCCUCAAACGUCUCCAACAUUUUCACCAAUGAAAGAACAACUGUUCCACGAGGCGGUGGAAACGCUGCAGCAACUGAAGACAACGUUCUCACCCAUCGAGAAGCUGCUGGUGAUUCGCAGCACGUUUCAGAAGAUGACUACGGCUGUGCAGCAAGAAUUAGGUCACCACUACCUCUGGAGUAUGGACGAGUUGUUCCCAGUGUUCCACUUCGUCGUGGUCCGCGCCAGAAUCUUACAGCUGGGCUCGGAGAUACACUUCGUCGAGGAUUUCCUGGAGCCCGGCAUGCAGCAUGGAGAAUUGGGACUUAUGUUUACUACUUUAAAGGCGUGCUACUUUCAAAUCCUGCAAGAGAAGAUGUCAAUCAACCCCUAAUAUAGAGUUAGCUUACAAAUAUUUCACUGAUAGAAAAACCGUGAGAUAUAACGAUUUAUCGGGUAAACACACACUAAGACAUUCAUUUUUAAACUUUACCACUACAGUUAAAUAUCUACGCCAUAUUAAUAUUAUAUGAGUACCUAUCUCUGGUACACUGAGGAUAUAUACUUCAUCAUUUCAACUUUACAUAAGAUUCCUACCACAGUAAAAUGAACUUUAUGGCUUUUGCAGCAGCAUUGGAAAUCGUAUAAUCAAGACCCAUAACAAUGUGGCUGUAAAUGUGAACAGCAUUUUUGGUAUUUAAUCAGGUGUGUGUUUAUUACAGGCAAUAAAGAUCUCACGAAUCAUCCCGAUAAUUAUAUAGAAAUCGAUCAUAAAUGCAAAAUUAUUACUAAAAUGAUCUUGCAAUAACGAUAUCGUGUGCUAUAAUCAUUGAUCUCAUAUUAAAUAGUGGAUGCACAAUCAGUGACCAAAAAACGUCCGAACUCAAUGAGUGCCAAACACAACUUCUUAGCACUCAAUUUAAGUAGUCGCAUUUGCAAAUUCAACCUUAAACUCAAACUUUAAUGUUGAAUUUGCUCUGAAUUUGGGAUUUUAUUGAAUAUUGGACUAUAUUAAAAGGCCUUUAGAUAUAAUUUUGUUUACCAAUAAUUCUAAAACAGUCAAUACAAAAUUGUUCAGUUUUCAAGUGAAUUUUCUAUAUGAUUGUGUGUCCUUUAUAUUAUUAGAGGUCAAUGGCUAUAAUCUAGCACGCGCUGUCUCCACGCAAGUAAUUGUCCAUGUUUUCUAAUUUAUAUUUUUAAUACAAGGUUGAAAAUUUAAAUGUUAUUUACUUGUGUAAAUUGCAAUUUGUCAUGCGAUCAAUGUUUGUCUGCUGAAUGUUUUAACAGCAAAUUUUGCACAGAAUAAAGUGUUUAGGUAAAUCUCUUAUUCUUAUAAUUGAAAUUUUGGUAUAAUUAUGGUCGCGACGUGAUAGAAUUUACUUUUACGAUAUCUUGAAUCUAAACUACCACCUGUUUGUAGUAAAAGAAAAAAAAUAAAUGACUCGUAUUUUUAAAAACUGCCCCAAAAUUAGAAUUGUUAACUAUAUCUAAAUAUAAAUAAUAAAGUGUGUGUGACUUUCCCCAAAUUGCUGAUCCGUCUUAGUUGAGUUGCUGGUAAGAAAACAACUCACAUAGAGUUAUAGACUAUGAUAAAGAGUAGGCUUUACUCUAUGGCCCGCAGAUAAUAUAAACUUACUGUUUUUUUUUUUUCAAACUACUGCUUGUACAUUUUUAUAUUAGUUAAGUACCUUUAGCAAAAUAUUAUAUUUUUCACAUAAAAAUAUAUUAAUGAACAUUUUUGGCUAGUCAAUGUUUUUUUUGUUAAAAUAUAGUAGAAAGCUAAGUGCCACUGUCGUAUAAUUGUUUUUGCAAUAAUUAUUAUUUCGUUUUUUUAUUAUAGUAUACGAUUAUUGUUUUAUUAUUUUAAAAUAAAAUGUGCCAAAGAAUGUAUAAGUAGCAAUAAAUAGUAAUUGUUAUUUUGCGUGCCUAAACUAUACUUUAUACUCAUAAUUGCAGCUUAGCUUAGCAAAUUGUAAUAAAUAUUAUUAAUGAUAAUUAUUAUAUUUUUUUGCUGUUGUGCGAAUAUUAUAGUUCGAAAUAUUGUUAAUAUAUUUUUUUUACUAUACAACCUAGGUACAUAUGUAGCUGUAAGUUUAGAAUAUGUAAUAGGUUACUUAAUGCAAGAAUAAUAUUAUGAGCUCUAAUUUUUUCAUUUUUGAAUAUAACAAUAAUAAUGAUUACAUGUUGACUUGAAACUUGGCAGUUCUUAUAAAAAUUGCUGUUUGUUACGU